AUGACAUCCACGAUCAAGAAUGUGGCUCUUGCUGGGGCUAGUGGGAAUGUCGGAGCUCGAGUACUCGAUGCAUUGCUAGAUCUGAAGUUCAAUGUAACGGUGCUUGCUCGCAGUUCUAAGCCCUUCCCCGCUGCUGCUAGCGUUAAAAUUGUUGACUUCACUUCUGUGGAGUCAUUGUCUGCUGCUAUAGCCGGACAGGACGCAGUGAUUGAUACCACUUUCUCGCCCGAGAUCGACACGCCACUCCGACUUGUUAAAGCGGCAGCCAAUGCUGGCGUUUAUCGCUUUAUAACCAGUGACUUUGGCCUCGAUCCUGAAAUCCCAGGCGUUCACAACAUGCCUGUUUUUGGUCGAAAGAAGGUUUCUUAUGAGGCCGUCAAGAAACAAGCAGCUGAAAACCGCUUGACUUACACUCUGGUAGCAAAUGGUGCUUUCCUUGACUGGGGUCUCUCCACUGGCUUUUCCGGUUUGAACUUCAAAGAAAAGUCUGCUUGGAUCUUUGGUGAUGGAAAUAAUGUUGUUCCAUGGACGACAUUGGAGGAUGUUGGAAAAGCAACUGCAAACGUGCUUUUACAUCCCGAAGAAACUCGGAACCGCCCUGUUUAUAUUCACUCCGUGUUCAUGUCGCACAAUGAACUAUUCGAUACCGCAAAACAGGCUUUGGGCAGUGAGGAGUGGACAACUACGUAUAAUGACAUGGAACCUCUUUUGCAGAAGGCGUUGUCGGAUCUUCAGACCGGCAACAUUAGUGAUUCCACUUUUGUGGUACAAAUCCAAUACUGUCUGGCCACUGAAGCCCUUGCCCACCCCUGGGAAAGGGAUGAUAAUCCCCUUUUGGGUCUGGAAGAAUGGAAGCUGGGGAAGGUGCAAGACCUGAUCAAGACGAUCGCCCAAAAGGCAGAGUAA